UCUUCAGGGGUAACGAGCCCUUCAUGCUCUGUAUCAACAAUACUAAAAGGAGGCUUAUUACAGCUUCUGAGUUUGGCAUCUGAGUGUUGGUGUUCCCAAUGCGGAUUCUCCCCGUUUUUCGAGGAUCACUUCUGUGCUUCUACGUGUCCUUACUCUUUGCUGCAACUUUCUGCUAUGCCGGUGACAAGACAGUUGAGGUAGAUGGGUUAGCAGAAUGUGCAGAUUGUGCAGAGAGUAACAUUAAGACCGUUCAUGCCUUUUCAGGGCUUCGAGUGACAAUUGAUUGCAAGCCUGAAAAUGGAGAGUUCAAAACAAGAGGGUUUGGUGAGCUUGACGAAGAAGGGAAUUUCAAAGUGUCUCUUCCAAGUGAUGUUGUGAAGGAUGGGAAAUUGAAGGAGGAAUGCCAUGCACAGCUUCACAGUGCAUCAGCUGCACCAUGCCCGUCCCACGAUGGCCUAGAGUCCUCCAAGAUUGUCUUGAAGUCGAAAACUGAUGAGAAACACACAUUUGGGCUUGCAGGGAAACUGAAGUUUUCACCUGUGACUUGCACUUCAGCAUUCUUGUGGCCUCACUUCAAGUAUCCACCACUACCUAAAUUGCCUCCAUUGCCUAAAUGGAAACUUCCACCAUUGAAAGAUUUUCACCAUCCUUACCUUUUCCCACCUAAAGUCUUUCCUCCAUUCCCCCCGAAGGUCUUCCCACCUCUCCCACCAAAGGUCUUCCCUCCAAAGCCUUUUCCUCCACCACUUCCAGCCUACAAGAAGCCACUCCCACCUCCAGUUCCAAUCUACAAGCCAGUGCCAAAACCACCAGUUUUCAAGCCACCUCCGGUCCCAAUCUACAAGAAGCCACUCCCACCUCCAGUUCCAAUCUACAAGCCAGAGCCAAAACCACCAGUUUUCAAGCCUCCUCCGGUCCCAAUCUACAAGCCCAAACCACCAGUCUUCAAGCCCCCUCCCGUUCCAGUCUACAAACCAAAGCCAAAACCACCAGUGUUCAAGCCUCCUCCUGUCCCAAUCUACAAGCCAAAACCACCAGUCUUCAAGCCCCCUCCCGUUCCAGUCUACAAACCGAAGCCAAAACCACCAGUCUUCAAGCCCCCUCCUGUUCCAGUCUACAAACCAAAGCCAAAACCACCAAUCUACAACCCUCUCCCACCUCCUGUUCCCAUCUCCAAGCCUCUCCCUCCAAUCCCAAAGAUCCCUCCAUUUUAUAAGAAGCCAUGCCCCCCUCUUCCCAAGCUUCCCCCUCACCCCAAGAUUCCCCCAAUCUACAAGCCUAAACCACCAGUCUUCAAGCCCCCUCCUGUUCCAGUCUACAAACCAAAGCCAAAACCACCAAUCUACAAGCCUCUCCCACCUCCUGUUCCCAUCUCCAAGCCUCUCCCACCUCCUGUUCCAAUCUACAAGCCUCUCCCUUCAAUCCCAAAGAUCCCUCCAUUUUACAAGAAGCCAUGCCCCCCUCUUCCUAAGCUUCCUCCUCUUCCUAAGCUUCCUCCUCACCCCAAGAUUCCUUCAAAGUACCUCCACCACCCCAAGUUUGGAAAAUGGCCUCCCUUGCCACCAUAUUCUCCCAUUCAUUAGGCUAUAUUGCAGCUUUCUUACCUGCAAGAAUGAUGAAUGCUGCUUCUCCCAAUUAUUUAUGACUGCUAGUGUGAAGUUCUCUAUUCUGUACUGAAAUAAACCCUUCAAGAUAGGGAAAGAAAGCAAAAGAAGACAUCAUGGGGAGUGAAGAGCGGGGAUUGUUAUUUACUAAUUAUUACCUAUGUUGCCAAUGAAGUCAAAUUGAUUGUCUCUGUGAAUUUCCUCUUUUCUUAUUGACCUGUAAAUUUCAUCUUUCAAUGCCUUUGCAAUAAUAUUAUAUGUCAUUUCUGUUA